AUGCUGGUAAUUGCAGCCACCUCAGGAGCACGGAAGCUUCCUCCGUCGCCAAAGAAACUGCAGGUGAGGACCAUCUCGCAGCAUGCCAUCAAGGUCAAGUGGCAUGACCCCGGCAGGCUCAAGGACGAUGGGUCACGCUUCUACUCGGUCCGCUAUAGCGCAGCGGGUCAGGAGGAAAAGCCCAAGUUCGUGCAGACGCAGGAGAAGCGGGUACGGGUGUCCAAGCUGCAGCCCAACACCACCUACGUCUUCGCGUCAAGGCCGUGGUGGGCAAGCAGGGCAGCCCCUGGAGCGCCACCGCCGCUGCCACCACAGGGGUCACGGGUGAGUUCAAAGGUCGUCAAGUCUGAGAGUAGCGAGAAGCCAGCUUUAGAUUGUUACUUGCUGGUGUCCUGGCGACCCCCACCCGUGCGUCGCCGCCAUGGCGUGUUGCUAGGAUACAAAGUACAGUACAAACGAAAGGGCAGUCGCCGUGGGGACCUGUGCACUGUCAUCACCAAGCCAAGGGACACGCAGUACAUUCUGACAGACGUUGCUGAAGGCGAGAUUUACAAAGUCCGGGUGGGCGCCACAACUGUCAACGGCACCGGACCAUUCUCAGCCUGGGAGAAAGUGGCCAUCCCGGUCGCCAACAAAUCCGACGGAGAACAAGCAGCGAAAGAAGAGCAACAGCACGAGCGAGAUGGAGGAGACGCCCGUCCGGCCGGAGAGCCUGGCACGCUGGAGGUGCGCAGCACGGCCAUCACCCUCACCUGGACACAGCCCCAGCCUCCAGCGUGCUGCCCUGUCGUGGCCUACCGCAUCCUCACACGUAACCUCAACACCUCGGAGCUGUCGGGGGAGGUGGUGACGGGACCCACUCCCGAGGCCAAAAUCUCCUUCCUGCUGCCAGACACCAUCUACGGCUUCAUCGUGUCCUCCUACAGUGUGGGGGGCGAGAGCGAGCCCUCCGAGGAGCUGCUGGUCCAAACCCUCCCUGCGGAGCCUCCAAUGAUCCUGCAGCUGUUGGCGACAGUCGUGGUGGAGGGCAGUACGGCCAACCUGACCUGCGUGGUUCGCGCGGAGCCUCCCCCCGAGGUUCAGUGGUUCGCCCCCAACAAGACGGUUCCUUUCUCCAGCCAGGCCAGCACCAACUUGAUUCUUCACAACGAGACGGGAGUGCGAGUCAUCAGCGUGCAUAAGUCCUCCCGUGACGUCACUUCCCAUCUGCUGAUACAAGGUGUGACGUUCAGACAGGCGGGAGUCUACUUUUGUGUGGCUAAAAAUAGCGCCGGCACUGUCCGCUCUCCCGUCAGGCUGCAGGUAAACGUUGUCCCAGCCAUUGUUGACAUAGCAGGCAUGGAGGUGAUGGAGGGCCGGCCGGCCAGACUAAUGUGCUCCGUCUCAGGCAGUCCGCUGCCGACUGUGGUCUGGACUCACCAGGACACCGGGUCUGUCUUUGAGCCCAGCGACAAGAACAUACCCGAGAAUUCCAGUCUACCAAUCGUGACAUCUCUAACAGAAGACAGGAUGAGACUGGUGUCUUCCUGGAUUUCUCCUCCACGUCUCUGAGUCUGGCCGGCAACUACACCUGCACCGCUCGCUCUGAGGUCGGAUCCUCGGAGAGGCAGGCGCUCCUACAAGUGAAGGUACCUCUACCUCCUUCUAUACAGAAUGUGAGGGCCCUGGCUCUGUCCCCUGACACUGUCUCUGUCAUCUGGGAUGAUCCCAUUGACUACAACUACACCAUCACAAACUACCAG